AUUGCUUAUAUUAAAAAACUUACGCCCAACCUAAUUAUUCAAGAAAUGUAGUGCUGCUUACAUUUAGGUUGCGCCCUGAUCAGCACGAUAGAGACCUAAACGAAAGCUAGUCACUGAACCUAUUGCCGGUCGGCCACCGCAUGUUGAUGCGCACUGACCUGAAGUAAUCUUCUUCCUAGGUUCGCAGCUAGGAUUGGAACUACCACAUCGGCAUGUUGGCGGUCGUGAUUGCAUGGCGGGAGUCUCCAGCGUGCAACUGACACCAAACAACCCUUAAAACACCUGAGAAGGGACUUCUAGGGACUAGUAAAAGAUUCAUAGUCGCAAUAGAUUUUCUUAAGUGUGCCAUCGCGAUGGCUGCACCAGCAGCCUGUACGCGUUUUUCGGACAACUACGACAUCAAAGAAGAACUGGGAAAAGGGGCAUUUUCAAUAGUGAAAAGAUGCGUCCAAAAGUCAACUGGAUUUGAAUUUGCUGCAAAAAUUAUAAAUACAAAAAAGUUAACUGCAAGAGACUUUCAAAAACUGGAACGUGAAGCAAGGAUCUGCCGAAAAUUACACCAUCCCAACAUAGUGCGAUUACAUGACAGUAUACAGGAGGAGAACUAUCACUACCUUGUUUUUGAUCUUGUAACUGGUGGUGAACUUUUCGAAGAUAUUGUUGCACGCGAAUUUUAUUCAGAGGCUGAUGCAUCACAUUGUAUUCAACAAAUAUUGGAAUCGGUCAAUCACUGCCACCAAAAUGGUGUGGUGCAUCGAGAUCUGAAACCAGAGAAUUUACUAUUAGCUAGUAAGGCAAAGGGUGCAGCAGUGAAACUCGCUGACUUUGGUCUAGCCAUUGAAGUUCAAGGCGAUCAUCAGGCUUGGUUUGGAUUUGCUGGCACUCCAGGAUAUCUGUCGCCAGAGGUAUUGAAAAAGGAGCCCUAUGGCAAAUCGGUAGAUAUAUGGGCAUGUGGUGUUAUUCUAUAUAUACUUCUUGUUGGUUACCCACCAUUCUGGGACGAAGAUCAGCAUCGACUGUACUCACAGAUUAAAGCAGGAGCUUAUGAUUAUCCGUCUCCAGAAUGGGAUACGGUCACCCCAGAAGCAAAAAAUCUUAUUAAUCAAAUGCUCACAGUAAAUCCAAACAAACGAAUAACCGCCGCCGAGGCUUUAAAGCACCCAUGGAUUUGUCAACGAGAACGCGUUGCUUCCGUUGUGCAUCGACAAGAAACUGUGGACUGUCUCAAGAAGUUCAAUGCGCGCCGGAAGCUAAAGGGAGCUAUACUUACAACCAUGUUGGCUACCAGAAAUUUUUCCAGCAGAAGUAUGAUCACCAAGAAGGGUGACGGAUCUCAAGUCAAGGAAUCUACCGAUUCUUCUAGCACUACCCUUGAAGACGAUGAUAUUAAAGAAGAUAAAAAAGGAAUCGUUGAUCGCAGUACCACAGUCAUAUCAAAAGAGCCAGAAGAUAUAAGGAUACUGUGUCCUGCAAAAACAUGCCAGCAAAAUUCAGGAAAUUCGCAGUGCUCGUCAGCAGCUAGACGACAAGAAAUAAUAAAAAUUACUGAACAGUUAAUAGAAGCGAUUAAUAGUGGCGACUUUGAUGGAUACACCAAAAUAUGUGAUCCCCAUCUUACUGCCUUUGAGCCAGAAGCUUUGGGUAAUCUAGUCGAAGGAAUUGAUUUUCAUAAAUUUUACUUUGAAAAUGUUCUUGGUAAAAAUUGCAAAGCUAUAAACACAACUAUAUUAAAUCCCCACGUGCACUUAUUGGGUGAAGAGGCCGCGUGCAUUGCCUAUGUCAGACUUACACAGUAUAUUGACAAGCAAGGACAUGCACACACUCAUCAGUCUGAGGAGACCCGCGUCUGGCACAAACGCGACAACAAAUGGCAAAAUGUUCACUUUCAUCGAAGUGCAACUGCCAAAAUAAGCGGAGCUACUACAUUCGAUUUUAUACCCCAAAAGUAGUGGGCGUUAGUCAAUGGAAUAUAAACUGUCAUUAUGCACAUGAAUAAAAGUGCUAUAUUUAUAAUUAGAGGGCGCAAUAGUAUUUGCGAAUAAAGUUGUUAGUCCGAAUUUUAUUAUUGUCUUCUUUGUUUUCAGGUGUUUUGUGUCCCCUGUUAUUCUAUGUUUAAAAAUAAUAUACAAUUAAAAGCAUGUAUCCGCAUUUCAGAUGUCCCCUAGAAAACUAUAGUCACUUUAUAAAUUAAAAGAACAAAUAACACGAAUAUACAAAAUUGAACAUAAUAUUGGUACAUGGAAUAUUUAUUGUAAAUAUCUUUGUACCAAUUAUAAGAUUGUAAAUUUAAAUGUUCUCAAGGGGAGAAAUAAGUUUAUCAUUUAACUUAAAUUGAUAUCAAACUUAAAUAAAAUGAAUACCUUUGUAUCUAUUGGAAUAAGAAAUAAAAUAAUUCCAACCACUUUACGUAAUCUUUUAAAAUAAUCGCCUACUAUGAUACAAAUAAUCAUUUGUUUAUGCAGUCCGCUUAUACUUGUUCUUUAAAUACAUACACACACAUGAAAGCUUAUUAAAAUGUGUGAAUACAGGCGAAUAAAAUUUACUCCAGUUAGCAUUAACGAUUUAUAAAACUGUAAAGCAUUAGGUAUCUACAAUGUAGCAUUAUAAAUUUCGAUAAAAAAUAAGUAUAUGAAAAACAAAACAAAUUAGCUAACUGAAAUAUAAAAUUAAGUCAAAUUAACUAAAAAUAUGCGAUUACGUUAAACUCACUAGAUGACUUAAAUCAACAUAUGUAUGUAUAUCAGUUUUGCUUUUCUGGUCGCAUGGCAUGUAUCAGAAUAUAAAGGUGUCCUAAAAAUGUGACUGUACAGACAACAAACAGAAAGGCAGAUAUCAUCAAUAUGCGCUUUAUUUAUGGAGUUAUUAAAACAUGUAUCUCUUACGGCUGACUUUUACUUUUUAAUAUUUUUGAGUUUCAGCUUGCGAGCGACUAUAGUGACGCUCUUGGUAUAUGUAUGUGUUACUUUUAUUAUAUAUUAUGUUUUUUUAUGCAACCUUGUCAUGAAGGUACAGUUAAAUGUCUUACGAAGAGUCUUUGACGUUAUUUUCAAGGGUCCUUCAUAUCGAUCUAGUAAAAAAAAAAGUAAAAAACGCAACAUUUCAAUUAAAAAUUAAUUAUUAUAUUUUCCUUUUAAAUUUAUUUGCACUUUGUAAGUAUAUUUCUAUAUUAAAGGUCUCGAUACACAAUAUUCAUAAAAGAAAUCUAAUGAUUAUCACAUCUUAAUAGAAGCGAUGAAUAAUAUUUACGAGGGGGGCACGGAUUUCGCAGUGCGCUCAUUCAUGGCAAGUUUUUUAUGUGAAUCAAUAUUUUACAUAAAAUGGCGCUAGGGUGAUUUCUGGGAAACCCUUGUAUGAAACAAUUCUCCUUAUUUUCGAACUCAAAUAUAAAACAUGUGUAUUAGAUUAAGCGUCUUUACUCAAUGGAUAUUUUUGUGUAUAACUCCAUAUACGUUGUUAUAAGCAUAAAUUCAAAUAUAUGUAUAAUGUAUGUAUGAGACUGUAUCAUUGUAAAAUGAUCACAACUGUUUCCCAAUCAUAUAUGUAUGCAUACAAAAAAAUGGAUUUAAAAGCAUUUCAAAAAAUUGCACACCCUUUUUUUACUUAAAAGCCAAAAACCAUUUUCUGAUAAAAAUUUACAAAAACAUUUUGAUUUGCUGCAAUCCACGCCUCUAGCUUUAAAUAUUUAUGAGGCAAUGCCUUUACAGUGUUUCUGAUGUAUUAACUAUUAUUUUUAAUUGUCUAAUUCUAUAAGUCAAUCUAGGAGUCGGACUUAUUCACAUGUUUAAUAUUCCCAUUUUUAAGACCUAAAUGUCUUCUGAAAUAAUAUUUAAUACUUAUACUACGAAAACAAACUAUAUUAAACCAUUUUGGCAGAUUAAAUUGAUCAAAGAGCUGUUGUUCUUGAAGUAAGCGUUCUUAGAAUAAUAUCUAAUUCAUAAACUGAAUUAUGUUUUUUAAAUCCAAAUAAUAAAAUAAAAGAAACAAGGAAAGUAA